UACCUGCCUAGUUAGGGAUACAUAUCUACAGACUAUCAACAGCGUAAGAAGACGCGGGAGAGAGACAAGACCGUAACCAAGCCAUGGCCGACGUAAUCAAGAUCCAAUACUCCGGCCGCAUUGCCACCAUCACCAUCGACAAUGAAAAGAAGCUCAACGCCCUCGACUUCCACGGCUACUACGCUCUAGACCAGGCUUUGCGUGAGAUUGCCGCCCGCGACGAUAUAUACAUCACCGUCUUGACCGGCAAGGGACGGUACUUUUCCGCCGGCGCCGACGUCUCCGUCACCUCCAGCACAUCGGACUCUUCCAAGUCCUCCCCCACCCCCACCCCCUCCGACGCCCGGGAGCGCUGGCUGCGCAGCUUCGUAGCCAACAACCUCAGCCUCACGCGCGCGCUAUACACGCACCCGAAGAUCCUCGUGGCGGCGCUCAACGGCCCCGCGGUGGGCCUCUCGGCGGCGCUCACCGCGCACGCGGACUUCGUGUACUGCGCGCCGCACACCUUCCUGCUGAUGCCCUUCUCGUCGCUGGGGCUCGUGGCCGAGGGCGGCGCCUCGCACGCCGUGGUGCGCCGCCUGGGCGUCAGCAAGGCCAACGAGGCCCUGCUCCAGUCCCGGCGCGUCUCGUGCGAGGACCUCGUGCGCACCGGCUACGCGAACAAGGUGUUCGAGUGCGCCCCCGGCGACAGCGACGGCUUCCUGCGCCAGGUCAUGCGGGAGAUCGACGACACCAUGGGCCCCCAUCUGAACAGCGACAGCCUGCUGGGCAUCAAGGCGCUCGUGCAGAAGCCGCAUCGGGACGUCCUCGAGAGGCAGAACGUCGCCGAGGUUUUCGCCGGCUUGGACAGGUUUGUCAGCGGCGUGCCCCAGGAGGAAUUUGAGAAGAUUACGUCGGGCAAGAAGAGGCAUAAAUUAUGAGGAGACAAGGUAUAUAUUAGGUUUUAAAUCUUUCCUCUUUUUUUCUCUUUUCUGUAA